AUAUAUACUCCCUCUGUCCAUAUAAACAUAAGAGAUUUUGGUUUUUAAUCGAUUUAAGAAACUAACCAGCAAACCUCUAAUUAACACUUUCGUUUCAUUCCUCGGGAAAAAGAUGGCGCUUUAUAAAGAGGAGAAACAGGAACAGCUGUACCAAAACGUCGUCGUAAUAAGGCAUGGUCCACGCCUUGACAACUUCGACGAGAGCUGGGUCCAGAACGCCGGUCGUCCAUGGGACCCACCGCUCUACGACGGCGACGAGUACAAAGAACUCUACUCCGAGACGGCCAAGAAGAUCCGGGAAGGGAUCGGAGCCCCGAUCCACCGCGUCUUUGUCUCCCCUUUCCGCCGUUGCCUGCAGACGGCCUCCCGGACUAUGGAAGCCCUCUCGUCCGACGGCGCCGGUGGUGUUGCCGCCGGUCUUCCCCAAAUUAAGGCUGGCGUGGAGCUUGGAUUAGCCGAAAUUAUGAACAGGAAAGUCAUAUGGCACCCACCUCAAGAUGGAGAUUUUAAAUUUGUAAUCUCAGAGUGUGAAUCUCAGUUACCUACUGGAACAACAGUUUGCAAUGCAGACAGAGUAUAUGAGCAGAUUCCAGAGUGGGAAGAGAGUGAAGAAGGAGCAAGGGAGAGGUUCAUGCACGUAUUUCGCACGCUGGCUGAUAAAUACCCUCGUGACAACUUGCUCAUUGUCACACAUGGUGGAGGAGUAGAGGCUGCAGUGUUGUCAUCAGCAAUAUUCCCGAAAGGGAGUAGGGUCCGGAUCGAGUACUGCGCAUAUGUGCACUUUAAGAGGCCAAUUGUCACUCUCCCCCUUCAAACGGAGAGUCACUCUGGGAUUGCAUUGAAGCCCCCCAAGAAAAAGGAUGCCUGAAUUAUCAAUAUAUACGGAACAUAUAAUUAAACACACACACACACAUAUACUCCGUAUAAAAUUAAACUCAACUCUGUUGUGUAUGUAUGUUUAUUUGAUCUUUCAUUAAUAUUUGGACUUUGAACUUAUUUGGACGUUUGAGCUUAAGAUCAUGACAAAUGGAUGGACGAAUCCACAAGUUUUAAUCAAUACUUCUAACACGA